AUGUCAUCCAAACAAGAAGUAGCUGCGCCUUCGCGUCCAUCAAACGCUGAACUUCAAGAGCAAUACAACACAUUUAAGGAAUCUAUCGCACAACUGUCAUCCAAAAUUGGCGAACUUGAAGCUGAUCUUGAUGAACACAAAAUUGUUCUUGAAACUUUGAAGACUAUGCCUUCCGACAGAAAAUGCUUUCGCAUGAUUGGUGAAUCUCUGGUCGAGUCAACUGUUAAGGAUGUCUCUCCAAAUCUUCAGACAAACUCCGUGCAAUUGCAGACCGUCAUUGGCACGCUUAACAAACAACUAGAACAGACUAAGGAUGAGCUUAAGAAAUGGCAAAUAAAAUACAAGGUUCAGAUCGUUCCUACUCAUUAG